AUGAGUUGGAGAACUUUACUUUCUCUUCAUUCUUCAAGAAACGCAAUCAUCAAACGUAAAUCAAUCUCAAAUUCUCCAUUUCCCACAAUCAUCUUCAAACGACUACCAGUUUCAUCAAUCACUGGUCACCGUAACCUUCAUUCUCCUUCCCCCGAACUCGGUAACUCGUUAAUCGAUCCAUCACUCCGAACUCACGUAAACAGCAACGCCGUUCAACAGAACAACGAUGACGACGAAACCACCAACGAGUUUCUCUCACGAUUCGCUUGGAUAACGCGUAAGAAAGUUAAGGAAUCUUUUCCUGAGAGCGACAAAAACACAGUUGAUGCUAUGCUACUUGUGAUUGUCGAAAGAGUUGCUUCGGAAAUGGAGAAGGAUGCUGGUGCAACGGCGUCGUUUUCGCCUUUUGAUUCGGUGGAUUUCAGUGAGGAUCUUUGGAGGACUGUGUGGGAGGUUAGUAAUAAAGUGUUGGUUGAUAUGAAUAAAGAGAGGAUGAAGGAUGGAAAACGAGAGAGAUGGAAGCUGUGA